CUCCCGCACAGCUCAACGUCCAUCGAACGCAGCAUCAAGUUCAAAACAUAACGGAAAUACGGAGGAGGGAGGGUGUUCUAAGAGGAAUAUCGGCGCUUAGCAACUAAUUAACCAGCAGGAGGAUAUACACAGACGUUUCUGAGCUGCGCCGGAGCGAUUGGUCCACAGUUCCCCCUCCAUCCAGUCAGACCAGUGGCCGUCAGCCCAGUAAGCUGCUUGAGGUGUCUCGUAGCUGCGGAUUUCAAGCGUUAUGGGACAAUAGCUGUGGGGCAUCAAAGCUCUCCCUCCUCCUCCUCCUCCUCCUCCUCCCCCAUUUCUUUUCCUCUCAGCUUGACUUUCCACUGAAACCCUCCCUCCCAACCCCCCUAUAACAAAUAUACAGUCACGCACACAAACACACACAAACACCCACACACACACACACACAUCCAACCCCUCUGACCACUCCUCCAUCCACGCUGGUCAUGGUACACUCCCCCUGUCUCUCUCCAGCCAGUCAGGCAGGGAGUCAAUGAAAGCUGUGUAAUCCUCUGUAAAAUAUAGGGCCUAUACGGCUGCAUAUGCUCCCUUUUGUUAUGGCGGCGGUUGUUGUCGGAGAGGCCUCCCUCAGGAGAGAACACGAGGGAAAACAGGAGGCAGCAUAAAGCUCACAAAAGGGAGGAAGAGAGAGAGGGAGAGUCAAGCAAGAGAGAGAGAGUUGGGAGACACCAACACUGCCCCCGUUUAUUUGACUGCAGGAGAAUGAGCUUUGCGGGGAAACAAAUGGAAUUCAUCGGUGGGUGAAAAAAACAUGAUGUGGGACUGGCAUCACCACCCCGCGCCAAUCGAAACUUGGACCAACUGUCAUCAACUUUGGAGAUAUUUGCCACAUACUCACCUACACCGAGGAAUGCAGUGAAAUAGAGAAAAGUAGACACAACUUUUUUUUUUUUUUUUUUAACUUUUCUUGGUUUUAAAAUAUUUUUCUAUUCGCCCUCUCCUUGGUGGUCUCUUUGAUUGACAGCCUACCAAAAGUGCCUUUUUUCGUGUGACUUUUGAGGGUCUUUUUGCUCCACAUUCAAAGUUCAUAUUGCCAUAGAUUAUUUUACAACUUUUCCACACAUGAAUCAUCACAUUCAUUGACUGUUGCCAUAUUUUUGAGAGGAUACAUAACAUAUUUGAAUCAACUCAAGCCUCCAAAAUACACAAUCUUCGACAAUCUUCACCUUCCUGAGUUUUGUUUCUGCUUGUGGGGUGCUGACACAACCUCCGCGUUAAAUCACCAAAAGUCACGUUUGCCCAAAACUAGCGUGACUUUCUGCACAGCCUCGUCCGGACCUUUUUUUUUUUUGUGUUGCUUUGACAACGCAAAGCCUUCGCCAUGGUCAGUUUCCAGUCCAAAUGGCGCUACCUUUUCAUGUUCCUGGGCAUCCAGCUGAUGGUCAUGGCGCUGCUGUCCCGAGAGGGCUACCAGAAGAGGGUCACCUACUUCAUCCGCAUCUUCCGUAAGCCAGACGCCACUGGUUUGUCGAACCGUAACCACUCAGUAGCCAGCAUCACUGGAGGGGAUGUGUAUGCCAACCUCUCCCACCUACCCAAACCUCACGGUCAUGGAGACGCCAUGUCAUACUGCCCUAAGACGUCCCCUCUGAUAGGUGGGCCAAUCCACGUCAGCUUCCCGUCAGGGCUCACUCUAGCGGAUGUUCAGAGGAAAAACCCUCUGGUGGUGCGCGGAGGACGCUACAGGCCACCUGACUGUGAGGCGAGGCAUCGGACUGCCAUCAUCAUUCCCCAUAGACACAGAGAGCAUCACCUUAAGUUCCUGCUCUACUACAUGCACCCUUUUCUGCAGCGGCAACAGCUCAACUACGGGAUUUAUGUCAUUCAUCAGGCUGGAAACUACACUUUUAACAGGGCCAAGCUGAUGAACGUGGGUUUCCGGGAGGCCAUGAAGGAGGAAGACUGGGACUGCCUCUUUUUCCAUGAUGUGGACCUCAUUCCAGAGGACGAUCGCAACACAUACGUCUGUGACUCCAACCCCAAACACGCAGCCAUCGCCAUGGACAAGUUUGGUUACAAGCUUCCAUACAAGAUGUACUUCGGAGGAGUGUCAGCUCUGACGCCACUGCACUACCUCAAAAUGAAUGGCUUUCCCAACAACUACUGGGGCUGGGGCGGAGAGGAUGAUGAUAUUGGAGUCAGGGUGUCUCUGGCGGGGAUGUACAUCACUCGUCCAUCUCUAAAAGUGGGCCGUUACAAGAUGAUUAAGCACAAGCUGGACAAAGGAAAUGAUGUGAACCCAAAGAGGUUCAACAUGCUUGCCAAGACGCGUCAGACCUGGAAGCAGGACGGGAUGAACACAGUUGACUAUGAGGUAAUCUCACGGAGAUACCUGCCCCUCUACACCAACAUCACUGUCAACAUCGGCACUGAGACCGGUCUACAUCCAAACCCCCCGACGCCACCUCCACCUGCCAAAGCUGCAGAAAAACCUGCAGCCGGAGCACCAGCGAAAGGCUCAACCAAACUCAAAGAGGACCACUCAGAGAAAUAGUCUACCCUAAGAGACCACGAAUCAUGUUUCACUCUGCUUUUACUUCAGUGGGAUAAUCCUAUCAGUGCAUGCUGUAGGAGUUUUUUCUCUGUGGUGGCCUGGGUUUUAUUUUGGGUUUUUUUGUUGUUGUUGGUUUUAAUUUUCUUUCAUGUGUUGGUGGAGGAUUUAUUUAGCAGAGAAUCAACAUCAUGCUCAGCCAGAGAUUCUCCUCUGCCUGCGGAGAGUGAGACAGUCAUCUGGGUGAUCUAACACUUGAUUUCUUGAAAACAAAAACAAUAGACAUGAAAUGAUCAGUCUGCUCUAGGUGACGGCUCUCCACCCCACAACCAUUAUUCUUCCAAGGGAGCCACAGCAAAGAGUGAAGGGUUAAAGUUGGACUCUGUGAGUUUAUAUAUAUACAGCGUUGUGAUCGCUGUUUAAACCUUGCGAUGCCUUAGAAACUUGUUCUUUAUUUUUUGUCUUUUCACUCGUACCUUACUUAAUUUAGAAUACUGUGUUUUUAUCGAAGCAGGAGCUGCAAUUUCCAGCAGUCACACUGUGCCACAACCGAGUCAAACUAUUUCUUUGUUUCUAAGCCAAUGAAUACGAGUGAAGGAGAUUUAUUUUUGUUGUUGUUUCCAGUUGAGUGUGUGAAGCUGCUAUAACGAGUAAUGAAUGAAGGAACUUGACAGAUUUGUGUAUUACUAUUACUGCUUAUGACAUAACAGCACACAUAUCCUAUCCAUUUGGGUCCUGGUUUGGGAGGGGUUAUCAUACAGAUGCUGUUAUACAUCAAGUUAUCAAAUGAUAGACUAAAGCUUUCUUAUGUUUUCAAAGUUAUAUCUGUUGAAAUAUCGGUGGGUUUUUAAGUAUAGCGUGAACAUAUUUUAGUUCUGUACACAAAAGCCGAGGUGCUGUUCUUCUGUGUAGCGUUUAUCUUAGAAGUAAUUCAACACAGCCUUUCAAAUUAUUUCCUUAUAUUUCAGCAAAUCCAAUAUCUACAACCUUUUUGAUUGCAUUUUUCAUUUUGUGUGUGUUUUUUUUUGUUGGUUUGCCUUUAUCAAAUAGAGCAGGUCUUGGUGACAGUGAUCAGCCCUCUGCCUUCAGACGAGCUAAUUCACAUCAAAAUGGAGUCUGUCUUGCUCAUAUAUACAUAUAUAUAUGAGUUGAUUAUGUACAGUACAGUAUACAUAUAUAGCUCAUUAUCUUAAUGUGUCACUCAAGAGUGCUGGCCUGCUCCCUCAAAACUUUAUAUGCAGUAAAUCUUAAUGAUAUGCUAUUUUUUGUAUUGUAUGCCCCCUUCUCUUCUCUCCUUUUUGAGCUGAACUAGAAAAAGGGUUAAAAAAUGUCACUUCUGUAUCGUCCUCUGAUCAGCACAGGUCCAUGAGUGGAGAUUAAUAAUUGUGUCAAGCUGAAGCCACUGUAGUCAAAUUUCUCUAUCUGGACAAAUAAGUUAGUUCAGUUUGAGCCCAUAGCACAACGUGACAUAUCUCCAUGUGUCUAGUAAUCAUGUGUCAUAUUCUUCAUUUCUAUCCUUUUAAUGAUUGAAUGCUUUUUUAAUGAUUUGAUAGAAAUUCUGCCAUCUAGCUUUCUGACAUAAUUAUUUAAAACCCACAGAGUAAUGAUUCAAAUGGAGAUGUGAGGGUUUUAAGUUUACUCACUGAUACGAGGAAACAUGGUUUUAAAAUAUAUAUAUAUAUAUAUAUAUUUUCCCCUUUCUUUAUAUUUCCAUGUUUCUAUUUCAAGCACACACUCACAAAAAUCAUCAUGUCUUACUUUUGUUGUUUAACAAGUUAUCACACGGAGAGAAAUCUGCCACAUCAUUUCCACUAGUGCCCUUGUUACUGCAUGUUGACAGUCCACCUCUCCUCUUCACUUCUCUCCUCUCAUAACAGAUUUGAUUGUUGAUGAUAUAAAAGAAAAUCCCUUUACCCAGUGAGUGAGUGAGUGAGUGUCUGUACUGACAGGUGAGCGAGCUGAAACCAAAGAUGACUGCAUGGAAAGCUGUGAUGAUAGACGGACAAUUUGUGUGUGUGUGUGUGUGUGUGUGUGUGUGUGUGUGUGUGUGUGUGUUUGUGAUUGUGAAUGAUUUCUAGAACGCCAUAUCAUUUGAUCAUAAAGGAUAGCCCUGUCAUAAUUUCUUCCAAUUAACCAUUUGUAGCUUCUUUCUAUCUGUGAU